ACGGGAGUGACACUCUGAAGCACCGCGUUGUUUAUCACUUCAUUUGUUUUUGUUCAUAGCCACUCUAGUGGCGGAACACCCCAUUAAUCCCACACCUUUAAUAUUCAUCAUCGAAUCGACCGACGAGCUGUGCGCCGUUGGAAGCAAACUCAGAGUCAGUGAGGGUAGUUGAAGUCCGUGCGACCGCCGCCAUACACAGCCCGCCCGCCCGCAUAGGAUGGUAGAAACUGACCCCGGGCCUAAGAAACCUCACAAUUGUGAUGUAAAAAGGGACCACCAACUAAACGGGCCAGAUUCCAAAAUUGCUGAGCUCAGCGUCGUCCCGUCGCUGAAGACUCCAAAAUCAGAUCCGGAAAAAGGAGGAAACUCCGAAAAGGCUGAUUUCGAAAAAGCUAUCGAAUUAACCGGUUAUGGACGGUUCCACUACCUGCUGCUGGCAGUCUGCGGGCUGGUCAGCACUUCAGAGGAGAUGGACGUCAUCUCCAUGUCCUUCAUCCUGCCUUCGGCCCAGUGCGACCUAGACCUCACCACGCAGACCAAAGGAUGGCUAAACAGUAUAAUCUUCAUCGGCAUGAUGGUGGGGGCGUACGCGUGGGGCUCUGUGGCGGACUCUUUGGGCCGCAAACGGGUGCUUAUAGCUAUCUCCAUCAUCAAUGCACUCGCCAUCGUCGCCUCUUCAUUCAGUCAGAACUACGCACUCUUCAUGGUGUUUCGUUUUAUCAAUGGUGCUGCUCUAGGAGGAUCAGGUCCAGUGAUUUGGUCCUACUUCGCAGAGUUUCAACCUAAAAAGAAACGAGGUGCUAUGUUGAGUUUCAUGGCUGCUUUCUGGACGCUCGGUAAUCUCUUUGUCGCCGGUCUGGCCUGGGUCAUCAUCCCCAGUGAAAUCGGAGGAGAAACAGGAGGUUUUGUCUACAACUCAUGGCGUAUCUUCCUUCUCGUGAUGUCACUGCCGUCCUUCCUCGUCGCCGCUCUUCUGUUCCUUCUGCCAGAAUCUCCCAAAUUCUUAAUAUCGACCGGUCGUCAUGACGCUGCAUUAGAAGUCUUCAAAGGUAUCUAUAUGAUGAACACUGGCCGAAGCAAAGAGGAAUAUCCAGUCAAGCAGCUCCUUGUAGAAACACCUCUAUACACAAAGCCAGAGAAGGCCAUCGAGGCUAAUAAAGAACCAAAGUCAAAAAUGAGAAGAAUGCUCAGCGACAUCGUUGAACACAGCAAACAGUUAUUCGUACCACCUAUACUCAAGUUCACUACGAUCUCUAUCACAAUCAAUUUUACAUUCCAUAUUGGGUAUUACGGUCUUAUGAUGUGGUUUCCCGAAAUGUUCAACCGUUUUGACGAAUGGUCGAGGACGCACGACAACGCUCCAGCUGACAUUUGCCAAGUGACAGCCUUUGUGACGCAGCAGGGCACACACUCCUCAGCUACUUCAUGCGACUCCCAUAUACACUCUGAUGUAUUCAUGGAGUCACUGAUCACAGUCGCCGCUGCUAUUCCUUCCAACAUCUUUGCUGUGCUCGGUAUGGACCGGCUGGGCAGGAAGUUUUUCUUAGUAUUCGCCACCUUCUCAGCGGGCUCUUGUUCGGCCGCCAUGUAUUUCGUGUAUAACAAGACGAACAACCUGAUCGUCAGUGCCAUCUUCAGUUCAGUCAUCUCGUGCGGCAACGCCUCACUGGAUUGUCUCAUCACUGAAGUCUUCCCCACGAACUUACGAGCAACCGGUGUAGCCAUAUCCAUGGUAGCAGCACGUUUGGGAGGGAUUAUCGGUAAUGUAGUAAUAGCAACUUUACUGGAUUCAUACUGCCCAGCUCCCACCUUCAUCGUAGCAGUUUUGCUGGCUGGGGGUGGUCUCAUGUGCCUCUUCCUGCCAAACACCACGCGUCAAGCUCUGCAAUAACAGCGGCACAAUCCGUCGAUUAGAGUUGUUUACAACUUGCUGUCGAUUUGUUAUAGAAUCUAACCUGUUUUUAGAGUUAUAUUGAGAUCUGACGCAGUGCGCUUACAUCCAGAAGUCAAGCUGGCCAGAAGUCGGAGUUCUCGAUAUCGUCAAAGAACGUGAUUAGGCUGUCGAUAUAUUUGUACAAUAUUUUUAUAUUUAAAUGAAUUUUUUAUUUAUGAAACCGGAUAGAGAUAUUCCUAAUAACUGACUGUUGUAGGUUGUUAACUUGUAGUUUAACUUGAAACUAAGUUUCAUACUUUCUUUGGUAGUAUUAUAAGGUUUAAGCAUCAUUGCGAUUUUGUUGUAUAUUGCAACUAUUUUCAUAUCACGAAUUUAUAAUUUAGUGAUUGUUACCGUAGUCUGUAGUUACUUAGAGUAGCUAAGCCAUGUGAACCAACCAGAUGUACAACACCUGUACCAGAAUCUUGUAAAUA